UGUAGAGCGAAGAUGGCGGCCGGUUGCUUAGCGCUUUUCUUUUUCUGAUGGUCGGAUUACCUUAUUAUCAUCCAGGCUAUUUCAGCUUCACUCAUUCUUAUUGCGUACAUUUGUGCUUCCUUUGCGUACGUCGACAACAUGUCCGACUCGGAAGAAGACGGCCAAGAGCGGCAGCUGAAGGUGGUACUGAUCGGAGACGGAGCCUCGGGAAAGACAUCACUCGCCACCCAAUUCGCGCAGGAAGCUUUCGGGAAACAGUACAAACAGACAAUAGGGCUGGAUUUCUUCCUGAAAAGGAUCACCUUGCCAGGAAACCAGAAUGUCACUCUGCAGGUGUGGGACAUCGGGGGACAAACCAUCGGAGGAAAGAUGCUGGAUAAAUAUGUCUACGGGGCUCAGGGUGUUCUCCUGGUGUAUGACAUCACUAACUCUCAGAGUUUUGAGAACCUGGAGGACUGGUACAGCAUGGUGAAGAAAGCAAACCAGGAGUCAGAUAUACAACCAGUUAUAGCGCUGGUGGGAAACAAGACUGAUCUGGAGCACAUGCGUAUGGUAAAGGUGGAUAAGCACCAGCGCUUUUGCCAAGAGAACGGCCUCAUCAGUCAGUUCGUAUCGGCCAAGACGGGAGACUCGGUGUUUCUGUGUUUCCAGCGAGUAUCAGCAGAGAUUUUGGGAAUAAAACUGAACAAAGCAGAAAUGGAGCAAUCACAGCGUGUGGUAAAGGCGGACAUAGUCAACUACAGUCAAGAGACUGUGGCUCGGACGGUCAACCCCCCCCGAAGCUCCAUGUGUGUUGUACAGUGAUGCCCUGCCAAUCAACACUGCCCCUAAACCCCAUACAACACACACACACACACACACACACACACACACACACACACACACACACACACACACAGACACAGUGUGUCUUUGUGUGUGUGCUGAGUCCCUGCUCAGGCUGGCUACAUCAGUCUGCUCAAGCAGCACAGAGACAGUUCAGCUCCUACAGACACGUCCUGUCUUCAGGUGGCAUUAGCGUGUUCUAGAGGGCAGCAUUCUUCAUGUUUACAUCACCUGAGAGUGACGCAGCUGUGUGUUCAUUUAGACACCCUUUACACAAGUCCCAAAAGUCCCCCCAAGGCCGGCCAUACUGGAAUGACUGGGAACGCCAGCGGUGCGGAUGAAGGAGACCCGCGAGCUCCUGUGUUCCUGUCACUUCCUGUGGGAGAGGAUAUUCUAAACAGACACCCUGCCUGUUCACACAUCCUUCAUUCUUCCUAGUGAGGAUGAGGAUGAUGGUGAUGAAGAAAUGUCAGUGUGUAGGAUACAGUUGUCUAAAUCUAGACUGAAUUCAGUCCCACAUACUCCGUUCCACUGGCAGGACGUUAAAGAGCUUCAGCCAGAGCGUUCCGAUUUCACGGGUUUGUGUGUGCAUUCGUAUGUGUUUGCGUGCUUGCAUGCGUAUGUACAUAUGCGUGUGCGAGCAUGUGCGUGUGCGUGCAUGUGUUUGCAUCUGUGCACGUGUGUGCCGCUUUAAUCAUGCAUAUAGAGGAGAUAUGCCAGCCAGAAACCCAAUCUUAAGGAAACGGAGGAGCUCCAGAGCCAAACCAUGUCCACUAACCAAGGACUUUUAUUUUAGAAACUGUAACAGUGUACAUCAAUUGAAAUCGGUGAAUGUAUCCUUCAACUUAAGACUUUUAUUUUUUAUUUAACUAUAAACCUGUUGGUCAGCCAAUGACCAUUUUCUUGCAUUUAAACAUGCACAGUACCAUCAAAUUUGUUGUCAAUUUUAAUAUUUUUGUAAAUGUAAUCUGAUUAUUUUCUUAUUAGAAAAUACUUUUUUUUUCCUUCUCUGAUAUGACAGUAGUCCUUUGUAGGAUAUGUCGUGUAAUAGCCUGUGUAAUUAUGGUGAUUUGUUAAGGAGCAGUAAGUUGAAGACACUUCUGCUUUUAAGGUUGUCGCCUUAACGGUAGAAUACGUCACUCACGAGGGAUGUUGGGAAGAUCUUUUUCUUUCAACGCUGCGGUGUCAUCCAUCGUCUUUUGGGAUAUGAACUUUCAAAAUGUAUGUAAACAUUUAUCAGUCAGACUUUAUUUUGUCCUAGUGAAAGAAAACGUGCUAUAACCUGCUCUGUACGUUUAGGAAUAAAAUCAAAUGCUCUGUUUUGUAAGCAUUAUUAAAAUGAUACAAGAAGA